AUGUGGUCCAGUACAACGUUGCCGAGGUCGCGGCCCAUGGAUCCGCCGCCUCCUCCACCACCACACAAAGCGACAACAUUACAGAGGCAUUCAUCGAAAAGUGUGGAUGUGAACAAAUUGAAAAAUGACAUUGAAAUGUUGUCAAAACAAUUGGAAAUUGUGAAAGCAAGGCUCGAAUCCGCUUUAUCUGAAAACGACGGGACGGAUAGUGGAACUAUCAGAUCAAGAGAUGACUCAACAGAUUCGAGACUCUCUACUGCACUUUUUUCGUCCCCGUCGCAAGAGUCCUGUGGUCAUACUCCUACGCCACAACCCACCGAGGCGACAUUAGGUAAUAGCCACCAACUUCAAGAAAACUUCGGAACUCACAAAUUCGGAUAUCUGCUCGACAAUGAUGAUUUUUUGAAAAAUCGAAGAUUCAUUGGGCUUUGCAAACCUCUAUCAUUAUCUGCUUCACAUCUGGUACAAAUUGACGAACAAAAGCAAGCAGUUAAAAGGUUGUCCGUAUGUUUGCCGCAUUCCUCAAAAGUAAUGAAUUCUAUCAAACGGAGGGAAACUUUCAGCAAAAUUGAUGAAAUUACAAAGGAAGUUCAGAACAGAAUAGCAAAAGUUAAAAGAACUGAGUCAUUAUCAAUGACAAUCGGAAGGAAUCCACCUGUUCCUCCUCCAAAACCAAAUCGAACAUUCCUCGAGAAUUCAUCUCAAAUCAAUGUUCUAGAAGAUGGAUUCAAAAACCACACACUGAAUAAAACGAAAGCACAUAUAUCCUCAUAUUCUAUGUCAUCUAUUGCAUUUUUGUCAAUGUGCAGUCAUCGUGAAUUCGUCGAUGCUAUCAAUAAACGGUUUACACAAGGACAGUGUUGGUUCUCCCGCGGAGGCCAAUUAUUUUUUGUGAAUCCGUUCAAUGAUAUUUCGACACCACAAAGCUCCUCAUACUCCGUCAUUCCAACUAUCACAUCAUCUUUAUUUGAAACCAGAGACUCUUCUAUAUUUUUGCGUGGGGUAUCGGGAUCUGGCAAAUCGCAUAUUGCUGAAAUGAUAUGCAUUGAUAUUGUUAAUCGAUAUGACACUAAGGGAAGUUUGACGGCCUUAUUAAAACAUGCCUUAAAUGCCUUGAGGCCUUUUAUUUCUGCAAAUUCAGCAUAUAAUAAUCAAUGCUCAAAAAUGGCUCUUCAUUAUUAUUUUCAAACUCGUGAGAAUCGCUUAACCAAAAUCCAAUUUCGUCAUUUCCCAAUUGAAGCAAUUAGCCGAGGGUGUCGAGCCAACAUCUUUGCGAUUGUCGCGAAUGAUUUAAAGGAAGAAGAGAAAGUUGCUCUGCGAAUAUCUGGGUUUCGUCUUCGCGAGAAUACUAGUGUAUAUGGCGAAUUUGAUGACAUUCGAAAUUCGUUAACAAUUCUUGGCGUCAACGUUUCUGAUAUUCUAAAAAUUGUAGCUGCAUGCAUUUUAUUGAAUAACAUUAGCUUCAAUAAAAGCUCAUCAUGUAAAGAUAUUGACAACUUAGCAGAUAUGGAGGAUGCAAGCGCGCUUCUCGGCAUUUCCGCAUUGGCUUUGUAUAAACAUAUUGUAACAGAAUCAACAGCAAAAAAUUUAGAGAGCAGGGUAGUUCGCGACAAUUUUGUAAUUGCGAUUUAUUCAAGAAUGAUUCAUUUCUUGAUUGAAAGAAUCAAUAUCGUCUUGGACAACUUUUCAGAUAGUUAUGAUCAGACAAGUGUUGUAACCGAUUCAGGUAUCAGUGUAGGAACAUCGAACGAAAUUAAUCACAAUGUUCACGUCAUUGACCUUCCUGGUUACAUACGAGGACCUCAAAACUCAUUAAACGAGCUUCUCGUUAACUCAUUGAAUGACAUCAUACAGUGUACUGAUUCUGACGCGAUGCACGAAUUUUUGCGAAGUGUCGAUUCGGCGACGUUUGAAGCAGGCGAAGAGGAAUUUAAACCAAAAACGAUGAAGCAUUGCGCGGAAAAUUUCGAAGUAAAUUAUGACUAUCGUUCAAUGAUAGAAAGGAAUUUGAAUGUUGUGAAAAGCGAACUGGUGUUCCUUUUUGAUUAUAGAUCAUGCACAUUCCCAUUUGCUGUUAGUCUCUUUGAAAAUGAUAUUGAAAAAAUGAUAAUUGAACCUGAAUACUCUCCAUCAGCAAUUAAUUGGCCAUUUGACGGCAAGACAAUUAUUCAGAGACUUUUUGAAAAUAUUCAUGCAAUUAAAAUGGAGACUAUGAACUCAAUCUCGCAACAGAUUAUAUGCCUCAAAUCAAAUGAAUCACUUGAGUACGCGAAAAUACACGACAAUGGAUUAGGAUAUCAGUUAAGCCUUUAUAGAACAGUCGCUUCAAAUUCGUGCUCAUCAUCAAUGAGACCAAAAUCCACUGUAAGUCAGAGUAGAGCAUUUAAAGUUCCACCUCCAAGAUCAUAUGCCAUUCGAGCCGGAACUAAACACUAUUUUCCUCAGAGAAGAAAUAUCCUUAUUGAUUUUCAAGAUUCCUCAACUGGUGUUAUGCUCCGAGCAGGAGAAAUUGUCAAAGCAUUGGGCUUCUCUGGCGAAUGCUACCUUGUUGAGACUUCCCGUCGCUCCAGAGCUAUUAUUCCAAUGUCAUUUACAGAGAAGAGUGUGAUACCAAAAAACUAA